AUGCCUGCGGCCUGGGCUCCCCCGGGCGCCCCCGCUGCCCCGCCCUGGGCCAACCUGAGCUCGGCCGGCCAGUUCGUGCUGCUGGGCUUCGCGCACGUGCCCGCGCUGCGGCCGCUGCUCGCCGCGCUCUUCCUGCCCGCCUUCCUGCUCGCGCUGCUGGGCAACGCGCUCAUCGUGCUGCUGCCCGCCCUGGACGCCGGCCUGCGCGCGCCCAUGUACUUCUUCCUGCGCCAGCUGGCCCUGGUGAAGAUGUGCUUCUCGCUGGACGUCGUGCCUCGGCUGCUGGGGACCCUGCUGCGGCCCGGGCGCGGCGUGUCGCCCGCGGGCUGCGCCCUGCAGCUGCUCCUGGUGCUGUCCUGUGUCUCGUCUGAGUGCUUCCUCCUGACGGCCAUGGCCUGGGACCGCUACGUGGCCAUCUGCAGGCCCCUGCGCUAUGGCGCCAUCGUGAGCCCGCGGCUCUGCCACCGGCUGGCCGCCGCGUGCUGGCUGGCUGGCGCGCCCGUGGCGCUGGUCUUCACCGUCUGGCUGUUCCGGUUCCCCUUCUGCGGGCCGCGUGGCAUCCGCCACUUCUUCUGCGACAUCGCCCCUCUGCUGAGCCUGGUGUGUGCCGACACCAGGGUUUUCGAGGACAACGUGUUGGCGGCCACGGUGCUGGUUAUGAUCGUUCCCUUCUGUCUGAUAGCCACGUCCUACGCCCAGAUUCUGGCCACCGUGCUGCGGAUGCCGUCGGCCAGGGGGCGCCGCAAGGCCCUGUCCACCUGUGCCUCCCACCUCAUCGUGGUGGUUCUGUUUUAUGGCACCACGGGGGUCAUCCACCUGCGACCCAAGGCCAGCUAUUCCCCGGAGAGCAAGCAGGUGGUGUCCCUGUCCUACACUCUGGUGACCCCCAUGCUCAACCCCCUCAUCUACAGCCUGCGGAACAAGGAGGUGAAGGCUGCCCUGCGGCGGGUGUGCUGCCAUCACCUGGGGUCUGGACCCUGUGAGGGACCUCCUUAG